AUGAAUCUGGCCUGCUCUCCUCGCAUUGGCGUGCGAUAUCGCUCCGUAACAGCCUCGCUAACACCAGUCGCUGAACAAAAGCACAGCCUUCCUUCGACCUUUGAUCAUGGUCCGCCAACUGUAAUCCCUCGCAAGCCUGCGACUUCCACCUUGAAUAGAAUUCUAUACACGCUCAUCUACAAGCUGCUGCAUGACAGCCAUCGACGGAAUCCAGAGCCUCAUUACCCACUCAACCCAUUGCGAAGCUCUACUUUGAUCGAGGCCUCCUGA